GGGGCUGGGGAGGAGGAGGAGGAGAAGGAGAUCAUAGCGGUGGGUAGGCCUGCUAUAUAAGUCUGUUGGUGCAGAACCAACCACACCACAACAAACGAAGGCGUGCACAGACACAUAUCAUCUUCUUCUGACCGAGUUUUUUUUCAUCUUCUAGUGGCUGGCACGAAUUGGGGUCGGAACAGUGAUGACUGCCACCACAGAAGUCCCCAACUGGCCAGAGUACCCAGAAGACUUUACUAUGGUAGAACAUCUGGACGCAAGGAUUUGCAGAACUUCAUCCACGCGGUCCCUCACCACGUCCAUCUCCGCGUAUUCCAACAGGAUGGGCGCGUUUGAAAGCGCAGAUAAACCAUCACUGGCUGAAAAAUGUUGUGCGUCUGCGACCCACCAACCAGACCGGACGUCAACCGACCUCACAUGGAUGGACGAUGACGGCUCGCCAGAGGGCCACGUGCACCACGGGCCGCAGAAACCCAGACGCGUUGCCGCGAACGCACGGGAGAGGAGAAGGAUGCACGGCCUCAAUAAGGCCUUUGACGAGCUGAGGAGUGUCAUCCCGUCGCUGGAGAACGAGAAAAAGCUUUCCAAGUACGACACGCUGCAGCUGGCACAGAUCUACAUCACAGAGCUGUCUGAUAUCCUCACAGGCGUCGGGGACCACAGGAGUCCCCCCAGCAGAGUGGAUCCGGCGGAGAGAGCCUGUAUGAGGUCCCUGAUGCAGACCCUGUGUCCCCAGGGAGGAGACACGUCACCGGGGCUAAGCGACAUGUCGUGCACGGGGGAUUCCCCGCAGCCGUUGUUGAACCCGCCGAGCGACAUGCCGCACCUCUUUUUUGUAACGACACAGAAAUGCCACCUGGGAGUCUCUCACAAGACAGCGUGUUCCUCAUCCCACAGCAGCGAUGGAGAGUCAUCACAUCACAGUGAUGUGGAGGACUGCCAGGGCGGGAGACAGUGACGGAUCAGGAGGGUGGUUUUUGUCUGUGUCUGGUUGAGAAAGAGAGAACCAAAUAGUGCUUGGGUUGUGGAUGGUAAGCUUAUCUAUCAUGUAUGACAACGUGAUGGUAGAUAACUUCUGGACAAUGCUGUUUCAUGUCAUCACCAGCCAAUGGAAGGAUUUUGCAAUGCCAAACGAAAGUGUAAAAACGAGGAAAGGUUUAAAAGGUGUGACGGAUGACUGUUUUUUUGGACUGUCCUAAUGCCAUGAUGAUCUCACAGGAUAGUGUGGUUGCACUUUAAUGUUGUAAUGGCCCGACCCAAGAACAACUUUAUGCCCAUAUAGACUAGUUCAUGCUAUCUAAAUUAAAAUAAAAUAUUUUGAUAUUUAUAAAGAAAAUGUUAUUUUCUAUGUAUUUUUCUCUGUAAUAAAAUGUCAAAUAAGGAAA